GUCAUGCAACCCGACGGCCUGCCUUGGUUCUGGCUGCCCGAGACCGAGUCCCAGUCGCAGUUCGAGUCGCAGUUCGAGUCGCCGUUGGAGUCGGCUUCGAAGUCCACGUUGGCGCAAGCUGGGCUCGGCUUCUCGGUCCGCCUCGGCCUCAGGCCGGUGCAGAUCGGCACCGCCUUCUUGCGGGUCUGGAUCCAACCCGCGGAGGCCCGGCCUGGAUCCGCCGAACUGGCCGCAUUGGCCGAGCUGGGCGCCGAGGACCGACUGGUCGGGCUGGACAACUCGAGCCGGCCGCGCGGCGUCUUUCGUCAGCUCGUCUGGCCGCAGGACGACCCGGCCGUGUCCAGACAGGACGACCUCUUCGGCCGGCUCGUGGGCGCCCGGACGCCGGUCGUGGAGAGGGCCCAGCUCGGCCUGCGCAUCAUCGUCCUGAAGGCUCGAGGGGUCAAAGAUGUCAGCUUCCAGAUCACCCUCAUGGUGCUCGUCAUCUUGCUCACCUUCACCAUGAGCUGUUCGCUCAACAUCAAAGUGAUCCUGAGCUACGCCAAACGGCCCAUCGGCCCCGCCAUCGGAUUCUCAUCACAAUACGUCGUCAUGCCAUUGGUGAGUUGGUCACUGCAAAUGACACCAUUCUGCGCUUCACUAACCUACAACCUGUACCUUUUAGUUGUGGAUACAAGUAGCAUAUUUCGUUUGAAGUGA